ACAAAAUUAAAGGAAUUUACGAUAAAAAGUUAUAAGAUAAAGGUAGUAAAAAGAAAUUUCGUGAACAAUCCAUUCGUCGAUGAAAAUAAGGUAUCAUUUGGAGAGUAGUUGAAUACAGCGAUAAACAUUAUGAGUGUUGAAAUAGAGUUUGGAGGCAAUAGAAGGAGGAAAGCUGCGAAUGAUGAUGAUUCCAGUAGCAACCAAAGUAGCCCUGGGCCAUCGACAAAGAAACAGCGAUCUGACUGUGGCUCCAAUAUGUCGAUUUCUACAACGGAUGGGGAUAAAGAACAAAUAUUUAAGCUUGUUAUGACAAACUUACCUGGAGGAUGGACUUGUGACCAAGUUAUGAACUACAUAAGAGAGGAGAUUGGUGAAAAUGCACUGUUAGUUAAUGACUUUAGAGACACUGAGUCGGAUUUUCAAAUCAGACUGAAAUUCAAAACUGAGGAAGAAAGGAAUAAAGUUUUGGAGAAGUUGAAAAUAAAGCAAGCUUUGGGAUUAGUGUGCGUGGACACUGAAGAUCAAGCCAGUGAUGAGGAAGAAUCAGUUAGAAGUGAGGUGAUGGUUGAACACAGAGACAAGAAAGGUCAAGAUGUAGGGACGAACAUAAGUAUUGAUGUUUGGGACGUCGAUCCGAAGACUUUGUAUGGACUCAAGGAGUCAUUUCUCACAUCCUUAGACAUCACUCCACCUCUAUCAAAUUGGGUUCUUGUUACGAAUUUCCGAUGUGACCGUUCUGAGCUCAAAGAGGUGUUGGAACUAGCUGGUCACGUGGUGGUAUGCCAUGUGGUGACUGUGGCUAAGAGAUUUGCCAACGUCAUGUACAGCCAUCCAUUAGAAGCCGUGCAGGCCAUAUCGAUGCUAAACGGUCAAACCUACUAUGGACAAACCCUUAAAAUAACAAUGGACCACCAGUCAGAAUAUUGGAAGAUAUUACCAAAAGGCCUAGCCAACUUAGGCCCCGGGCUAGGAAAAUACGGCAAACCCGUCCGCAACAUAGCUAAAGAGUACGAAAGAUUCGUAUCUGGCAAAUCGACUUUCAUAGAAACAAAAAUAUUCAAAUCUGAAAACAGCUCAGAUCUGCUCAAAGAAAUUAUUUCCAGCAUAGGUAGACCUGAAAGAAACGAGGAUACACCGAAACUAGUAAUUGAUACUGAAAUUGGUGAGUCUAAAGUAAAAGAAGAAUCACCAAAUGAAGAAAUAAAGUCCGUAAACAGCUCACCAGAACUUGAAUCAAGGAAAACUCCAGAUUUGAACACAGGACAAGCAUUAGGUGUUAAUAAUGGUGAUACUGAAUCUAUUAAUGGUGCGUUCAAUCAUAAUUGGCAAAGCAAUUCAACUUUCAACAAACCAACCAACUUUGGACAGAGUUCGGGAACAAAUGGUGAAACGGGAUUUAAUGCACAAUUCGAAAUGAACCAAGGCCCAAGUGAUUCAAGGCAAAUAAGCGGUGUUGGUUUUCAAGGGACGCAAGGAGGUCCUCGACUUCGACCAAUGCUAAGCAUGCAGGGAAUGCAAGGGCCUCAAACUAUGCAAAGGCCUCAAGUCAUGCAAGGUAUGCAAGGAUCUCAAACCUUGCAAGGUAUGCAAGGGCCUCAAGGUAUGUCAGGCCUGCAAGGGGCUCUAGCUAUGCAAGUCAAUCAAGGGCCUCAAGCCAUGCAAGGCCUGCAAGGGCCUCAAGGCAUGCAAGGGCCUCAAGGCAUGCAAGGACCUCAAGGCAUGCAAGGGCCUCAAGGCAUGCAAGGACCUCAAGGUAUGCAGGGGCCUCAAGGCAUGCAAGUACCUCAAACCAUGCAAGGUAUGCAAGUGCCUCAAAGCAUGCAAGGUUCGCAAGGUAUGCCCGGUAUUCAAGGGCCUCAAGUUAUGCAAGGCAUGCAAGGACCAGCAGGCCCUAGGGCGAUCCAAAAUCCCUUCCUCAACCGAGCACAGUUCCCAAACAACUUUGGCAACCAAGGACCCAGUCAGCAAUUUUACCCAUCCAGCAAUGGUUACCUGAACUCCGGUAUACAGGGUAACAUGCAAGCUCCGAAUAUGCAACCUAAUGUACCGACGAGGCCUGUUGGGCCGUUCGCUCAAAGACAGUCGGUGAGACCGCUGGAGAUCUACCGAGGAAUGAACGCUUACACAUUGAGGAUCAUCAAUAUACCGGCGACGGUGAAGCUGAGCGCGCUGUGCGACCGGCUGUCGGAGUUCGGUCGCGUGACGGGGCUGGAGCUGGCCGGCCCCGGCGCCGCCACCGUCAAGUACGAGAGCGCUGGUGACGCCGAGAGGUGCUUCCGUAAUUACCGGCAAGUUUUUGAAUAUUGAAGAAACAACAACGCUGAAUGCCUUUAAGAAGCACUUCCGAAAAGUUAGCCAUACAGAAAGUAGUAUUGCUAGGUAAGUAUAACCUUAUAAAUAUUAGGUAAGUAUACCUAUUAUUUUUCUACUAUAGCCUGGGCAUCGAACACUUAGAAAUUCAGCCAUUGUGCUUUUUGUCUCUUUCACAAUCGAUAAUGUCGUUGUUGCGCUUAGGAAUUAGGAACGCCAUAUAUAGCUAUCUCUGUAAUAUGUUACACAGGUAUGCGAUAGUUUUAAAGGGUUUUCCAAUAGGGACUUGACAAUUUUGAAUUUAGUUUGUGGACGCACCCUUUCACUAUACAUCGAACUGUUACUGUCAUUUUACUCAUUAGUCAUUAGACAUAAGUCAUAACAUUUUUAUCAUGCUGUACACGAACGAACAACGUCGGUGGCCGCUACUUUAAGAGCGUUAACUCCGAUUUUCGAUCGUAAUUCUCGCCCUAGUAGACAGACAGGUUGGCCAUGAUUAUGGAUUAUUUUGCCUGAAUUAGAAGAUAUAGACUUGGACAGCAUGAGGUUUCAAUAGGACGGCACCACAAGCCACACAUCACAAAUAACUUUUUUGAAGAGCAAGUUUGAUGAGCGUAUUAGCUCAAAAUAUGGACCAGUCGAUUAACCGCCUCUUUCGUGCGAUUUAACGCCUCUAGAUUUUUUUCUUAGGGGCUGCGUCAAGUCGUUGGAUAAGCCGACGCCGUCGGAAGAGCUCAGAGCCAAAAUUAAACGCGAAAUAGCCGAAAUGUGUGGCAAAGUCAUACAAAAUUGGGUUCAAAGAAUCAUCGCUGCAAACGGGCCUGCGGUGACCAUAUGAGCGAAGUCGAGUU